CGGAGGGUGAUCGGUGCGCAUUGGCCGUCACCGCCAGUCCUGAUAGCAGCGCAGCAUCUUCCAGCCGCUAACACAUGGAGACGGAGCGCAAAAGGAAAAUGAAGGAGUGCUGCGUGGUGCAUAACCGCAUCUUCAGGGAGUUUCUGGCCGAAUUUCUCGGAACAUUUAUAUUAAUUCUGUUCGGCUGCGGCUCCGUGGCACAGACGGUGUUGAGCCGCGGUGCCCUGGGAGAGCCGCUCACCAUCCACAUCGGCUUCACUCUGGGAGUGAUGAUGGCGGUCUACGUGGCUGGAGGAGUGUCAGGUGCCCACAUUAACCCUGCCGUGUCCCUGGCUAUGGUCGUCCUGGGACGGCUGAAACUGGUGAAGUUCCCCAUCUAUGUCAUCGCACAGUUCCUGGGGGCCUUCGCCGGCGCGGCUGCUGUCUUCGGCUUGUACUACGAUGCCUUCAUGGACUUCACGAGUGGAAUACUGUCAGUGACUGGCAUCAACGCCACAGCACACAUCUUUGCCUCCUACCCUUCUAGGCACCUCUCUAUAAUCAACGGAUUCAUUGACCAGGUGUUUGGGACGGGCGUCUUGGUCUUGUGCAUCCUGGCCAUCAUGGACGGCAAGAACAUCGGUGCACCUAGAGGAAUGGAGCCCUUGGUCAUCGGCUUGAUCAUCAUGGGGAUCGCCGUGUCCAUGGGCUUGAACUGUGGCUAUCCCCUGAACCCUGCCCGCGACUUGGGUCCCAGGGUCUUCACGGCACUGGCUGGGUGGGGCAUGGAGGUGUUCAGCACCGCAGAUUAUUGGUGGUGGAUCCCAGUGGCGGGACCACUCGUCGGGGGUGUGGUGGGCGGGACGAUCUACUUCCUCUUCAUUGAGCUGCACCAUGAGAGUGAGCCCGAGAAGGAACAGGAGGAAGAGGAAAGCAGCAGCGUCCAGGACAAGAUUCACUGGCUGGAAUGCACGGGUCCAUGCAGUUUACCCAGGGCUGCAGGCUGACAGGCAGUAAUCUGGUGAUCUGGUGCAGCCGCGCAGGCCUCCUCCAGCUGUACGCGUGACCCCCGCAUUCCCAAGGCACAAGCCAGAUGCUGGAGAAAAGGCGGCAUAGUGGUCAAGCCCAGGAUAAGGUGGGUCACCACAUGCAUGGACUCCCCUCACACGCUGGUACGCGAUGCCGUUCAGAUGAAUGAGGACACUACGUUCACAGUGCCUCACACACAGAGCCUCACACACAGAGCCUCAGAACAGCCGAGUCUCACGCACAUGAGCGAACAAUGUCAACUCAAUCAUUCCCAGCAAAGUUGCUUAGAUUUGCAUAUAUUUAAACACAUAUUUAGGCAAAGCUUUAAUAUACAGUUGAUGUUUAAUACCCAGAGGAAGGCAAAGCAAUGGCAUUCACAUUUUAAUCAGUCUGAUGAAAACUUGUUUUGCCAACACGCAAAAUAUGUCCAUUGAUCACAACCACUUGGUUCCUAGUUUUAUUUCAAGAUGGAUGAAUGGAUAAUUUCAGAUUGUGAAAUGAUUUUAUAGCAACAGGUCGUCUCUUCCCACAGUACGUACAUCACCUGUUCAUUACAAACGGACAUAAUGCCCCCCAGGGAAGAGCCUUGUUUGAAGACGACCAGGGAUUUCUGCUUGGGAUGAUAAUUGGUUAGAACGUACAGAAAGUGUGAACUGUGGAAUGUUAUGCAAUGCUGUAACGGGCACCUUAUUUUACUCCGGUAAACUACCUCCAUCCACAACGGAACAGCUAAUCGCAGGAUGGCCUUUCAGCGUCAUUUUGAUUUUCAUAAAAUAACCCCGAUUAGUGCUGAUUAAAACCGAACCAUCUGUGGACAUCGAGCUAGAAAGUACAAGUAAAUGUGCAUGUAGACAAGCCUUAGCAGAGAGGCUCUGCCCAGGGAGUUAUGCUAACAUGCAUGCUAACAUACACAAUAAAGGAAAUUAGGAAUAGCCAGGAAUUACAGGCACGCCUCAAGCUAACCAAGGACCCCUCCACACGCUCGCCAUUAAAUGCUUAAUUAGGGACUUUAACCAGCAUCAAAAUUUCAUUCUCAUGUCCUUAUGAGCUCUUUAGUACAGCUUAGGGCAGGAAAGCUAGAAUGUUGGCUGGCUAGAAUGUUAGCGGACGUGUACAAAGACAGGUGAAGAUUUGAGGUUUAAUCUUUUACAUAUAAAUGUUUGUUUUUCCCUGUGAUACGGGAAAUUACUGAAAAAGACUGAAAAUGCUAUCAGGCAACUGGGGGCCAACAGCAGUGUGAAUGACUCAGUCAAACAAACAGAAACGAAAUUGCAACCAUAUUGCCUAGAUAAACAGGUACUUGUCCAAAAAGGCUGUAUGAAGAUGUGAUUCACAAAUAUAUCUCGUUCCCUCAUUCUGGGAAAAGCCACUUGUAGGUCACUCCACACACUCCACACACUUAUUCUGGCAGGAGAGUUAAUGAACCCAGUCAAAAUAAUGACCUUAGGACCUUGACACAAUAAUGAAAUGUAGUUUAAAUUCAGCUAAAUCAAAACUCCACCCGAGAGUUAAGCCCCAGAACCUGGUUGUCUUCCAGGAUCUUUUCCCUAAAUUGUCAGCCUCAAGGAAGUCCCCCCUCAACCCCCAAAUGUUCCCAGCAAGCACCUUAUUCAAAUCAAGGCACAGACAUUCUAUUUCCCGAAAAAAAAUAUCUUAAAUAACCUAUUGAAGAAGUGUGACGUACGAAUGAACAACUAAACAAAACGAACAAAAAAUAUUCUUUAUUUCCCAUUUGCGAAUUGGAAAUGCUUCUGUUCAGCAAUCCCAUCUUGCUCUCCAUAGCUUGGGGGUCACAGCGCAGGGCCAGCUAACAUGCAACGCCCCUGGAGCCUGGGGUUAAGGGCCUCACUCAAGGGCCCGCGGACAUGUGACUGUUCUGCACAGAGACUUAGCCCACUGAGCAACUCACUGCUACCAGGUAUUCAUUUACAUGUUCUCCCAGAGGAUCACGGAAACCAUCACAGCUGGAACAAUCAUGAUUGGGAAUUGAGCGCAUAUUGUACCAAUGACAUGCAAGAAGAUUGGUCUACUAACUUGGGGGGUUUGAGGAGAUGAAAGCAUCGACUAUGUAGGCUCCAAGGGAGAAGUCAACGUUGUAUAGCAAUCAAUGGCUCAAUGAGUUUGUCGCUAUAUCAGGCAAAUCUAAAGCAAGUCUCUCUGCUGUGCAGCUAUCAAAGGAAGCCAGAUUCAAUUCAACCUUAGAACCCAAAAAUAAAACACUAAAAUCACAUUUAGUCAACCACCUGGAUCGCAGGGCACAUCUAAGGGGAUACAUCAGGUCAUGUGAGACGUUUAAUUCAGGUCCACGUUAAAUCUGAGAUCGAUCUCCUGAACCUCACCUAAGCAGCACUAAACUGUUCCAACAAGCCAUUUAAAGGCAUUCAACCGAACCGAACCAGAAUAUAAACUUUCACGCAAAUGGACAUAAAUCUAUUACAAUAACUGAGGACAUUAAAAUGUAAUCUUUUCUGCUUGAUUUCGGUAACGGAUCAUGAUAAAUGUGGCACAUAGGGCGGAAUGAUUACUUUGCGGAUAUUCGGCUAUUUUACAGGACAGGGGUGGCUUCAUUCUGGCGAAAAACAGGAUUAAUGGGAGGGAAGGAGGCAUGACAGCUGAGCGGUGAAGAGGCCCCGACUGAAUUCAAGACCCUCCCAGCAGCACAGGCGAGGCCUUAAGGCUCACAGUCAAAGGGAUUCCCAUCGGUGGAAAAGCAUAAAAUGCUGAAAGAACCUUAAAGUCACUGAUCGAUUAUCACGCAGACUCUCAGUUCAUUUCCCCACUGCUGUCUGCCAGCCCCAGGAUACAGCAUCACCUCGUGAAAACAAUUUUCAUUUCUGUGUAAUAACAAAACAGUGGGGCUCUCUUUUCCUGCCACAGUGACAGGAUUCUUUGACAGAUCUCCUCGGGAAAUGAGAACAAAUACAGAGAACAAACAAACAGAUUAGAUGAAACAGAAUAGAUUUAUAUCUCUAUGCCCAGAGGAGCUGCUUACGGCUCCAUAGCGACAAGAGAAAUUAUUCUUAGCGAUAUACCAGGCAAAACUGUGACCUUAUAAAGUAUUCCCACACUCGAAAAAAUGUGACAGGACUCAAAAAUGUUAACACUGAAUAGAGUGAGAAUAACUGCUGCACUAAUUUUGUGCUUUAAAGAAAAGUUGCAUCCAUUUAGCACUUUAAAGAACGCAAUUAACAAAGCUACUAUAAAAACCGUACAGCUCAUUUAAAGCUAUUUAAAACUGGCAUACGGCUGAACAUCAGUAAGAUUAGUUCGGAGUUGUUCAUUUAUAAAUAUUUCCGUAAAAAUUUCCACACACAACGUGAAAGCACUCUAACCAGACUGCCAGAAUCCCUACAGAGGUCAGCUCAAUACUAAGUCUAAAUGGUUCUGUCCAAUGUUUAAAACACACUGGUUAGCAGGCCCAUGGCACUAAUUGAUUCAUUCCAGGCAGCAGAUGUUUCUCUAAAGCACUAGAUCAAUUCCACUUACUAGGUAUUGGGUGUAAACACCCCAUCCAUUACAACACAUACAGUCAAACUUGCAGAUCCUUUAUAUAUCAAGCCUACCGUCACAAUCCAGCAAGUUACAGUCUUCAUCUACACUAUAACAACGUUAAAUAAUUUCAAAUAUAAAAUAAGGCAACCAUUCUUCUUAAGUCAGGUCAGCUCAAAAAUAUAAUCGAUGUGCGUGCACGAAGAGACGGUUAUUAAAAAGUUCUGUCCGUCUGCCUUCUUAAAAGCCCCACUUGGAUAAUGACAAAAACACAGCCGUAUCAAACAAAAGGAUUAUGAUCUCCCUGGUGGUGCACCAAUCAAAUGGUGACGUGUCUUACAUACUACGGCAGAGGUCAGGGUAACACUGAGACUCCAAAGAGCUCCCCCUGGUGGCUAAGGGUGUCAGGCCUCCUCCAACGGUAUGCUAUGUCAUACUCAGUAGGGCGCUGCUGCCUGUCUGGUGAGAAGCAGCAGGUGGUAAGUUACAGUGCUCUUUUCAUACACAGCGGCUAAUCCAUCCUUUGAACAGUUUAUGAUGCUGUCUACUCUCUCUACAUGUGUACGCGAUUUACUCUCAACCAGAACAGGCUCCUAAGAUACAGGUCAACAAUCAACUUGAAAGAGCUUCUAUAUUUUUAUGCGGAGUUAAUGUCAACUAAGCUGCAAAUCAAGUCAAAGGUUGCAGCGAGGGCAUCGCUCAGGCAAUCUCCUCCCCACUGAUGGUGUGUCGCCAGUCAUUCGAUAUCCAAUCCAUCACAGCCUGAGCUCAUCCAAGCCUCUCGCCACAUAUUGCACUGGGAGCGAGGGAGAGAUCCAGGAGCAUGUAGAUUCCCACUGGUCAGUCUUAUGACAUUCAAUUUACUCUUGUGUUAAUGGCGGCUGGUUUUAAAGACAGCAUGCAUUAGAAGGCUAGUAAAACACUUGACGAAUCGAAACUCUUCCUCCUACGUGUGUCAGUGGAGAAAGACGUCAUUUAGGACCAUCCCGACCCUGAGUGGUAUGGUGACAGAACCAUGGCUGGGGUGGUUCAUGCUACACAUUAGUGGCAAUGAGGAAAGUUCAUGCUAUAAACAAAGAAAUGCAUGAGAAUAGGAGGGGCUUUUAAAAUUCACAAUAUGCAACAUAACGAAAUACUAGUGAUUGUACUGCCCUACGUGUCAUGGUGAGAGUGGUGUUUAAGGAACAGAAAAACAAGACUUUGUUCAACCGUGGUGGCAAGAUCCGGAAACUCACAUAGCAUCCUGCAAGCCCGUGACCACGCACUCGAACUCCGGGGCAAUUGCAUGAGUAUGUGCUUGACACACACAAACACACACACACAGUGUCACAAUACACGUCACUGAUCACACCCGACACAGACGAGGACCUGACGGGAGCAGCCAGUCAAAUGAGGGCAGCUUCUGAUCAUCAUGUUCCACAGCAGCAGGAGGGCAGCGUGGGAGAGAAAAGCAGAAGCUGCUGUGAGUUUGGCACUGCAGGGGUGAUGUGAGCGUGUGCACAGGGUGGAGGCUGGAAAGGGAGACCAGCUGGAAUGUGCAGCUAUGCAGGUAGUUACCCAUGGAAGGUGGAGGGUUUCUCUCUCCAAAUGGUAUCGGUGUAUAACAGGACACUAGUGUUAAUCCACUCAUAGAAUGCAGCAAUUUUAUUGUGGGAAGGUGGUGGCGCAGGAGGUAGUGCUGCUGUUUGGCAACCAGAGGGUUACAGGUUUGAGCCCUGGUUCCUCCUGACCCCAUCAGGGUCCUUGAGCAAGACACUGAACCCCAAAUUGCCCCCGGUGAGCAGGUUGGCACCUCGCAUGGCAGCCUCCGCCACUGGUGUGUUGAUGGGUGAAUGUGAGGCAUGAAUCGUAAAGCGCUUUGAGUGUUCGUAAGAGUAGAAAAGCACUAUAUAAAUGCAGUCUAUUUUCCAUCCAUGGGUCACAACCCAAAUUUGGGUCGUGUCAGAUCCUAAAAGGGUCGUGAGGCAGAGGAAAUUUAUGCAUUUGAAUUACCUGCAAGCUCUUUGGUCUGCAAAUACUUAGUAAAAAACUAGUGACUACCCAACCAAUCCAAGAAGUAAAAUCACAGAUGCUUAAUUUAAAAUUUGCUGGCACAUCCAAUCAGAUUUCUGCAGUUAGCAUUGAUUGGCAUAAAGUGUAGAGUGCAUUGCAUGCUCGAUCAUAGCGUUAAUUCAAACCUAUACUUGAUAUAAGGUUGCUACUGAGCUUGCGUGGUAAAAAUAGGCUCCUGACCCCCCCCCGACCCAGUAGGAUAAGCGGGUUGGAAAAUGGAUGGAUGGAAGCUGCAUCACUGAGGACUGUGAUGUGUGUAUCCAACAACCCCCAAGCCCUAGACAGAGAGGAAACAUUACAGGUGCCUGAGGAACUUUCAGAAGUAAAACGGGCAACUGAGUUCAUGUAAAUAAAAACGAUGGAACACAAACUUACACAUUUGUGUGCCGUCAUCCUACGACAGAGCUGACUAAAGAUGGCACCUUCAAAUUAUACAAUACAUACACAAACAUGCAUGUUUAAAAUAAACUGUAUUGGUUAGAAUAGUCGGCAGUGUGUCAAGUCUUCAAUAAGCAUAUUACCAGAAAAUAUGGAUUGGAACUGUAUUUUGUAGAGGACAAGUGGGUAGAGAAUGGAUGAAUGGAUGGAUGGAAUAAAAAUAAAAUGUUAAUCUUUACAUAAUCCAUAAGAUUUUUUAUUUAGCAUUUUGCCCCCCCCAGUGUUGAAUGUCUUCAACUGCAACCAAUCGAUUUUUCUUUUUAAACGGAGGUACAUCCCUUGAAACCUAUUUAAAAACACCCAAUUCAAAGUACUACAAAACCAAGCAAUUAAUCAAGUUACACUGCAACUAAUAUUACUGCACUGUCUUUCCACACUCUAUUGCGCCAGGUUUGAGUAUCAGCACAUUCACAUCACUGCAC